AUGAAUUCUCCCAGCAGUCCAAAUAGGGUGAUUAACAACCAAUUCCGUUUGAAGAAAAAAUUGUCAGCAGGGUCAUAUGGGGUGGUUUUUGAAGCAGAGGACAUUAUAAAAAAUCAGAUGGUUGCUGUGAAAAUAGAGAAAAAGGAGAAGAAUUCAACUUUGGAUAGGGAAAUACAUAUUUUGACAAGAUUAUAGGGUACUUAAGGAGUUCCUAAAUUAAUCUGGAGUGGAACUGACAAUAAUUCAAAUGUUUUAGUGUAAUAGUUAUUGAGUAAGGAUAUCGGGGCUUAUCUCAAAGAGUUUAGAAAGUUUUCACUAAAAACAGUGUUAAUAAUAACUGAUUACUUAUUAUAAGUUAUAAGGCGAAUUCAUAACAAAUCAGUAGUGCACAGAGACUUGAAACCAGAAAAUAUAAUGUACCAUUCUAAACAGAUAUAUAUUGUGGAUUUUGGGAUUAGUAAGCUGUAUAGAGAUAAUAAUUUAAAGCAUGUUCCAUUUAAAGAUGGGAGAUCUUUUGUGGGUACGACAAGGUAUGCUCCUAUAGCAGCGCAUAAGGGAUACGAAAUAGGAAGGAAGGAUGAUUUGGAAUCAAUAAUAUAUAUUGAUAUUCUCAUGUUGAAAGGAUCUUUGCCAUGGUAAAACAUGUUAGGCUAGAAUAACAAGGAACGCCAAAAAUAGGUGGGUGAAAAGAAAAUCAAAAUGACACCUUAAGAAAUUUGCAUAGACUUGCCGAUAGAAUUUGCAAAAGCAUUAGAAUAUAUAAGAUCCUUGUAAUAUUAGAGUGAUCCUGACUAUGACUACUUGAUUUAGUUGUUUAGGAAAUUGGCACAGUCUAGGAAGAUUGAUUACGAUGAUGUUUAUGAUUGGACAAUUUAGAAUAACAACCCUAAUAGUAUUAGUCAAAAAUAAGAAAACCAAAUUAUAUAGGUUGCCUCUUUGCAAUAGUUUGAGAAGACACCUUUUUCUAAAACGAAUAAAUGUCAUUCAUUGAAAGUACCAUCGACUCAGGAUAUUUUAUAGGAGAGAAAGAAAUCGUUUUAAAAUAUCUCGUAAAUUUAGUUACUAAAACCGGAUGAUUUAAAUAAGUCAAUAGAAAAUACUUAUUAAUUGAGUCAGAUGGCAAAUGAAUGUGACUCAAAGUAGGAUUACAUAUCUCAGGAUGAUGAUGCCGUCGAUACUUUGUUUACUAGAUAUAAUCACUUAAAGAAAUAGAAUAUAGAGAUACAUCACCCUUAGAAUGAAUAAAAGGCAUCCAGUGGAUUCAAAAAUGUGUGA